GCAAAAGAGAUUCCAUACGGACUCGAUUUCGAUUUUCUCUUUAACUUUCCUGUAAUAACAGCAUUUUUCCACAAGGAGACUGAAUAUCGCGCACGGAAUUGUGGGUUGUUUUCGUCUGCAAACGGAUGAAGUAUUAGGUGUUACAUGUAUCUUACAUCAUAAGUUUAAACGUUAUUCUGUCGCUUAAAUGACUGAAAAUUUAAUCGCGGGUAUUUAGCCGUAGUGACAUGCCCUUCUUAUAAUGGCAGAAGGGGGGACGCUGGCCUUGUUGCCACAAGAUCAGGGAAAUGCCGAAGAACAAUCUGAUGAGGUACUGGCUUUAGAUUCUAUAUUUGAUGGCACUGGCAGAUUUCUUGUUGUGGAUGGUCCACUUCAGGAUGGAGACAGGAAGAAAAGCCAGGAAUAUGUUCUUCAGAUACUUGUUCAAGUGAAGCUCCCAAAUGAGGAAAUCUCUGUAGAAGCCUGGGUUCCAGAUGAUCAUGAUAUAACAGCCACUUAUCAAGCCAUGGCUGAGAUGCCACCAAGCAACAGGCCAAAGUUUGAGAGAUCUUGUUCAGGGAGAAGAUGGCUGACUGCCUUAAAGAUGAAGCACCUGACCCCUAUGUGUCUCCAGCUGACCUUACCCAACAGUUACCCAUCCCAAGAAGCCCCCUCCUUCAGCCUGUCCUGCCUGUGGCUGACUGCCACCCAGCUGGGGGCACUGUGCCAGCAGAUGGACAAGUUGUGGGAAGAAAUGCAUGGGAUGCCCAUCAUUUAUACAUGGGUGGAUUGGCUGGAAAACAAUGCUCUCAAUUUCCUAGGUAUAACUGAUACAAUAAUUAUUAGUCCUCCCAUAGAUUUUGGGCCAGAUCAAAGUAUUAUAGACCAACGUGCUAUCCCUGAAUGCAGUGACUUGGAAUCUGACAUUUUGACAAUGCUCAGAUAUAGUGCAGCCCAAGAACUAGAGGAGUUUCAUAAGAGCCAGCAGGAAUGUGAAAUUUGUUUUGAGGAGAAACAAGGAUUUGAUUUCUUCCGCCUGUCUGAUUGUAAGCAUCACUUCUGUAGAGAGUGCAUGACAGGGUUUUGCCAGAUGCAUGUGAAAGAAGGCACUGUACAGCAGCUCAGGUGUCCUAAUAAUGAGUGCAAAGAAACAUUACCACCAUUUAUAGUAAGGGAAGUGCUUGGAGAAGAAGAAUAUAUAAGAUGGGAAAGACUCCUGCUACAGAGAGCAUUGGAAACUCUUGGUGAUGUGGACUGGUGUCCAAGGUGCAACAGCCCUGCCACACGAGAAGAAAAUUUUGCUCACUGCACAUACUGCACAUACAGUUUCUGUACACAAUGCAGGGAACCCUCUCACAAGGGCAGUAGAUGUUCAAGUAUAGAGGAAAAAAUUCAGAAACUGGAAUCAGAAAUGAGAGCUGUUGGCAUUGAUGAAAAUGUACAGUGUUCUCAAAGAAGGAAGCGGGAAUUAAUCAAAGAAUUGCUUCUGUCCAAAGAACAAAUUGAUAAUGAAUGCAAGAGAUGUCCAAAAUGUCAGGCCCCAAUAUAUAAGUUUAGUGGGUGUAACAAAGUGGUGUGUACCAAUUGUUCUACAAUGAUGUGCUUUUUGUGUGGCAAGAAAAUUCAAGGAUAUGAUCACUUCCAAGAUGCCAAAUGUGAGCUAUUUGCUAUGGAGCCACUUGUGAUACACAGAAGACAACUACAACCACGCCCCCGACAUGAAGGGGCAGUUCGUGUUGAAGCCCAGUUGGAGGAAGACCCAAAUGCAAAGAAUAACUUAAUGAAGUGUUUGAACUGCAAGCAGCCAAACAUAAGGCAAGAUAAAAACAACCACAUCAAGUGCUGGUGUUGCAAGAUAAAUAUGUGCUUUAUGUGUAAGAAGCGUUUUCAGGAAACUGUUACACAGCACUAUACCUCAAGUAAACCAUGCCAGCAGCACACUGAUUGAAUGAGGAGUACAACAGUUUUUUCAUAUAGAAAAUCUUGUGAAAGCAAGGAGAUUAAGUCCCUCGCCAGUAAUCAAACUUAAUGCAACAUUUUAUUUAUCAACUUGAACAGAGUUCCUGUGUGCCAUUAAUACACUCACAAGUUGUAAUUUUUCUGACCUCAAUUUUUGUUUAGCCCAAGUGCUUUAUUAUAAAAAUUAAAGCACUUUUAUACCAGUAAAAAUGAGGUUUUGUGAUCUGUAAAUACUAAGUGUGUGAUAUCAUGUCAUUCUGUGAAAAUAUAAUAAUAUGUUUUUAUCAAUAAAAUUUUAUUUCU